UGAAAUUUAAAAAUUAUUAAAAAAAAAAAAAAAAAAAAAAAGCAUCAGCAACAACAGCCCGACCUGGUCCCUCCGAUCGCAAACUCAAAGUGGCGAUUGGUAGCAAUGCAGCUGAAAAAUCUACUUUCUUUGCUGCAGAAACGCUUUUUCAAAACAUCGACAAUACUUUCUGCUACUUCUUCAAUCCCAUCAUCAUCGUUCACAGCUCUCUCUGCUCCCAAAACCCUCCAAGUCGACAAGAGCAAUGCCCAGAAUCCCCAAUCCGUGCUCAGUUUCUUGAAAUCUUACAAAUUCGAUGAUACCCAGAUAGCCAAAUUGAUCUCACAGCGUCCCUCCCUCCUUCAAUCGAAGAUACUAACCAAUCUCAGCCCCAAAUUUCAGUUCUUGGUCGAAAAUGGCUUCUCUGGCGAGCUUCUUCCAAAGCUGAUCGUGUCAAAUUCCAGAAUUCUGUAUCGAAGCUUGGAUUCCAAAAUCAAACCCAUGUACGAAUUGCUCAAGAAAUUCUUGGAAACCGAAGAGAGAGUUGUGGCUUCGGUGAUGCGAGCCUCAUGGAUGUUAACCUCCGAUACCACACCGUUGGUGCCAAAUAUGGAACUUUUGAUAAGAGAAGGAGUUCCUGAAAAGCGCGUGAUUCACCUUCUACUUUCUCACCCCAGAACGUUUAUGCACAAGGUAGAAAGAAUGAUUGUCUGCAUUCAAACUGCGAAGGAAUUGGGUUUCCAACCGAGUUGUGCAACGUUCACAGAAGCUGUUCGAAUAAUUGUCUCAAUGACCGAUUCAACAUGGAAGAAAAAAAUGGAAACUUUCAAGGAUUUGGGUUGGUCUGAAGAUGAUAUUAUUUAUGCAUUUACACGUUGUCCUGUAUGUUUGGCUUUUUCAGAGGUGAAAAUUCGGAAAGCCAUGGAUUUUUAUGUGAAGACUAUGAAGUUGGAGUUGGAAGAUAUCAUUUCUAUUCCCAUGUUGCUUUGCUUUUCCAUUGACAGAAGAAUACGUCCGAGGUACCAUGUUCUGAAGGUUUUGGUUUCUAAGGAGCUGAUUAAACAUGACAACAAACCAGGUUGGGUGUUUAGACAAUCUGAGACAGCAUUCUUGGACAACUAUGUUUUCAAGUAUGCGGGUGAAGUUCCGAAUUUGUUGGAAGUGUACAAUGCUGCCAAAACAAAGGCAAUUUGAUUAUGAUAUUUGAUGGAACAGAGUAUGUGGAAAUCUUUAAAACUGUGGUAAUUAAAGUUCGGUCUAAAUAUAUUGUCUGAUUUUCUCAUGGGAACCAUCCAUAUAUUAAUAGUUAUAUAGAAUUUCUCUGUGAAUUUGCAGAUUCUAUCA